GGGGCGCCAUUGGUCUGCGGGGCGCGGUGCUUGCCGGGAAAUGUAGUCUCUUCUGCUCUGGCUCUGUUGCCCACGGCAGCCGCUCCCUCAGGCCUGAAUGUGGCGGCUUCCUCUACGAAUGGACGGCGUGGGAGGAGAAUGGCUUCUGCAAGGAAAGCCAGCCGUCCCAUGCGUGAUGUUUUUGGUGACUUCAGUGAUAUUUCCUUGGAAGAUUCAACAAUGGAAGAAAUUAGAAACUUCCAGUUCAGUAGAAAUCUUACCAAAAUAGCACCUGGUCAUAGCAGAUUUCUAAAAAGAAACCGAACUCUAGAUGAGAAACACUUACUCCUGAAAGAGAACCCUGUGCUGGGGAGUGGACCCAGGCUUGCCUCAUGUAGACCGCCCACCACUGCCUCCAGGAUCCGAGCCAGUGCCGCACUCACGAAGCUGGCCCAGCUGGAAACCCGGAUCAUGAAUCGGAAGCUGCAGAGGAAUUUGUCUGACACGGAAUCUGACUCAAUGACCACCGAUGCCAGUCUUCCAAAGAGAGCUGACAGAAUCCUCUCCGGGGGUGCACUCGAACUCGCGUCCCAGAAUACAGACAAAACUUCCCAGAAUCAAGCCCGUGAAUUUCCUGUCGCUGAAAAUAAUGCACAGAACGCGAAGGUCAGUAGAUUUCUAAAGAAGAAACAAGUACUUGAAAACAUAUCCCCUGAAGCACCUGUUGGGAAAGAGAGGACUUCGCAAACCCCCAAGCAGAAAGAACCUGCUAGAACAUUUGACUCUCCAGACAGUGACGAAGAAGAAAUGAAAGUAUUGCUAGGAAGCUUGAUGGACUCUUCUAGAGAAGAAAACACGAAUCAAGGCUUCAGCAGCGCUAACGUCAGCGAGGAAGAAGAAAGAAAACUAUUUUCGGUCCCAUCUCAACCGAGAGCAUUUACUGUACCCAGUUUGGAACUCUCCAGCGCAAAGCCUUCUCAGACAUCACACCUGCCAACCUCCCUGGCAGCAGACAGAACCCUUCACAGCGCUCGCUCAAAAGCAGACUCCCCACAGAGUCAUGUUUCUGGUGACACCGCCUCCCAGAUGCCGUCAGUUUCCAUCACAGGCGCCUUUUCAAAAUCAGUGUCUUUAAAGAUGGGGCACCUCAAGCUUGCAUCCUGCCCUGGAAGGAGUGAGGCUGAGCCUGUGGAUGAGCCAGUCUCAGAAGGUGCUGAUGACAGCCUCGAUGAGUUUAGAAUAAAUAUUUUAUCGCUUGAUGAUCUGGCUCCAGUUGUCAGCGAGAACUCCGAUUUGGAACAGGAAGAGGAAAGUGCUCAGAGAGAAAAAACAGCUGGCAAAAUCUUCAGAGCCGAGGCAUCCACUGGGCAGGAUGCCCCAAGGCAGGCCCAGGCGAGGAGCUGGGCAUCACAGGAAAAGGCUGCCUCUGCAGAGGGGGAUAAGAGCGAGGUCUCGGAGCAUCUCGGUGCCAGCUCGGCUUCUGCCAUUCAGCAGGACAGCACUUCCGGCAUGCAGCCACCAUCUGAAGCUCCCAUGCUGAACACAGUCAGCUCAGCUUACUCGGAGGAUUUUGAAAACUCUCCAAGUCUGACAGCAUCCGAGCCAACCACCCGUGCCGGGGAGUCUCUUGACAGAACACUGGACACUCUGUCUGAAUCCUCUUCAAGUGUGAAGACAGACCUUCGACAAACAGCCGAGUCUAGGAAAAAGUCGGGCAGGCACGUGACAAGAGUGCUUGUGAAGGACACAGCUGUGCAGACGCCGGAUCCUGCCUUCACCUACGAGUGGACCAAGGUGGCCGGCAUGGCAGCCAUGGGGCCUGCCCUGGGAGGCGCCUAUGUGGACCCGACACCCAUUGCCAAUCGUGUUAUCAGCGCGGAUGCAAUAGAAGCCCUGACCGCCUACAGCCCGGCCGUGCUGGCGCUCCAUGAUGUGCUGAAGCAGCAGCUGAGCCUGACGCAGCAGUUCAUCCAGGCCAGCCGGCACCUGCACACCUCCCUCCUGCGCUCCCUGGACACGGACUCCUUCCACUACCACACCCUGGAGGAGGCCAAAGAGUACAUUAGGUGCCACAGACCUGCCCCACUGACCAUGGAGGACGCCCUGGAGGAGGUGAACAAGGAGCUGUGAGCACCAGCAGGUGGAGCUUGACGUGACAUCUAACAAAAGCUACAGGAAAUCUAAAACAAAAUCAAAUAUUCAUCACGUGGGUUGAAAAGUUGGAAGAUUUUGCAUCUUAUUGAAAAUAAUUUUUCAAAAAUGUUUCUGUACAAGUGAAUGGCAUUGCACCAGGCUGCCCAUGGACACCAGGUGUGGCCGAUUCCCAACGGUCACCCACCAGCUUCUGGCAGGAGCAGCUCCCCUCCUGGCCUCCCCUCCCUUCGGGGGUGUGAAAUGAAAUGAUGGAGCGGAAGGCGCUGGCUGGGGUCGGGCUCCAUGCUCUGGAUGGGACUGGGCUGUCACACACGCCAGCUGGUGCAGGGUUCUUCCAAGUGUGAAACUCAAGCAGGGGACGCGACGGGCACAGACUCCGAGGGAGCACUCGACCUGAAGUGUCUUAAGCUGGUUUCCUGUUAGAAUAUUGUUUCCCAGAUAACAGCAAAUGGCUACAUUCCAGAAAAAAAAUAUCAACUUAAACAACUAAAAUAACUGAACUAAGGGCCAGUACGCCUUCGAAGAAUUGGGUUUCAGAAUCUGACUGGGCUUCCUCUCAGGUCAAUAUUCUUCUUUCUAGAACUAAACCAAGGAGAGUAAAAACGAAAACCCUGCUUCACUUUGCAAGUCAAGUCAAAGUUUUGUGUUUCUGUUUUUCAAUCUGUGGGUAGUCAUGGCACUGGGCCUCAGCUUUGUCCCUACACAGCCGAGGGGAAGCCGGGUCAGGGCCGGUGGGUGCCGGGAGCUGGAGGAGGGAGCUGGAGGAAGGAGCUGGAGGAAGGAGCUGGGGUGCCGGCUCUGGCCCAGGCCAAUCCCUCCUGCACAUGCUCCUGGAGCCUGAGAGGAGGCUUCAGUCUGACUUAGGGCAGAUGCACAUCCAUCCCUUCAUGGGUGAAGAAUUUACUCGGGGUAGAGGGUCUUGUGUUUCUUGCUUCACUAUAAAGGAAAACGAGCCUGGGGCCCUGGUGGCUGCAGCGCCUCCUGGUGUGGUUUGUGGGUGGCACCUGUGCCCUCCACGCCAUGGAGCACGGCGUUCCCACUGGGCAUGCGCUGGUCUUCCUUCUCUUCCUGUGGCUCUCCACAAGUGGAGACGGUGUGAGAACUGAGCUGUCACUGCGAUCUUCCACUGCCAGUCAGCCAGGAAGGUCCCACAGCCGGCACCGCUGGCCACUGGCGCAGCUCCCGGCAUGGGCGCCUACUUACACUCGUCCCUGGCCUUCAUGCGGGCGAUGAAGGAGUAGCUCUUGUUCCUGCGGUAGUUCUCAUAGGGGUCGUCCAGGGCCACGCCCACGCCUUUAUACUGGUCCCACUUAUCCCGGACGUCCCCGCCCUUGAUGGGGUCCUGGAUCCCUUGCUCCUUCGCACCGAGGCCACCAGAGCCACUCCAGCCUGGAGACAGAGAUGCAGUCAUAACCACAACAAGACGGAGGCAGAUGGGGGUGCACAUGGGGGGCUGAAUGUCCAGACAGGCAGUGUAGACAUGGGAAAUGGGUAGAGAGAACCCGCAGGCUGGCCCUGUCUACAGGGUCUGGGCAGAGUCAGAACCGGCCUGACUCCAUCCAUCCCACAUGCAUUGAGGAAGAGAAAGCACUGGUGACUCCCGGGCCCAGCACGCAUGAGGACCCUGCCCAUGCCCUCCCCAUUCCCUCGCCUUACCCAUCUUCACCAGCAUCUGAUGGCCUUUGUUCUCUUCUCCGAGCCUUGAGUCGGGGAUAGGAGGUGCCGAAUUAGAACCCAGACCAGCAGAGGAACUAAAAUCGAGACAAAUUAUUCUUUUAAGAAGUAACUGAGACAUUUAUUGGAAUGACAGUGAUGAGGGCCUCACAGCCACAGCUUGCGUGCAUGCUGUCGCCAGGUGACAUUAUAUGCAGAUUUUGCGUCUCUACCCGUUUAUCCUGUCUCAGCUAGAUAAGGGGGCUCCAGACGCUGGCCCCCACCCCACGCUCAGCACUGAGGGCAGGACACCUCGAACCCCGAUGGUGGUUAGAAAGCAGACCCCAGCUACCGCCUCAGGCUUCACCAAGUUACUGUGGUGAAGGGUGAGGGGUGCCACUGUCCCUGGGCUAAUGCUGGCGGCCUCCUAACACAGUCUCCUAACCACCAAUGUUUCCACAUUCACAGCAAAGCACUGCAGCUUCCCAGCGUUACCAGCGCAGCACGUAACGCAGCACUUAAGACAGGAUCUUACGGCGGGGUGGGGCUCCUGGACCGUGACCGGCGUCUUCUUCCUGGGGAGUAUGACUUGGACCGGGACCGCGACUGGGACCGGGAGCGGCUUCUGGAGGAGCGCGACCUGCUCCGACUUCUGCAGGGAAGGGUGCCCAAGGGUCAGCAGCAGCCAGGCGUCGUGGGGAGGCCACAGGAAGAGGCCUCAGGCACUGCCCUCCUGAGGCAGCCUCUGCCUACCUAGAUCUGGAGCGGGAGUAGGAACGGGAGCAGGAGCGCGACCUUGACCUUGAGUACGAGCCUGAAGACUUGGAGGAUCUUGAGUUGGAGCGGGAGGAAGAACGCCCUCGACUCUUGGAUCUGCUCCGAGACCUUGAGGGUCCGCUGCGGGGAGAGGCCUGAUGAUCGGGUGCCCCAGUGGGUGGGCUGCACCCAGCCCACCCUGGCCCUCAGGUUCCUGGAUGACCCCAGAUGCAGGGGCUCUGGCUGUGGAUGUGGCGCCAUAGCCACAGCAAUGGUAUCAAGUUCCUAAAUAGUGUGGCCAAGCCUGCUGCUGUGUGAAUUCAGGCCUUGCGGAAAACACCGCCCCAUAGGCACAGGCUGUGUGAGGGCGGAUGUGAUGAGCGUUAUCUGGGGUCUGCUCCCACCCAUCACAAGCUGUGCGGCCUGGCCGCCCGGCCACUGCAGAUGUCUGCGCUUUUACCUGUUCCUCUUCUCCUGGCCUUUCCUCCGCCGGGCCCGCAUUUUUGCUCGGAAGAACUCAUAGAGGCCGUUCUGCUCCCAGCCUUCACUGUAAGACACGGCAUUCCCUGUGUGACCACGUGACACCCACCCACAAGGAACUUGUGAAAAAGUCAUCAGGAGUUAAUCCACAGGACCUUGGGGAGUACAUGGCCCUGUGGCUGUGGACUCCGAGCAUGGGCGCAGUAGAGCUUGGUUCAGCAUUCCCACAGGGCUGUCCUCCUGUAGCCCAGUGGCUCUAGUGUCCACGCCCUUGCCACCCUGCUGUUCCACUGAGGUGGUGGGGACCCAUGGUCUGUGCAACUGGGGAACAGGAACGCUGACUCACGGGUGCACAGGCCUGCAGCCCAGGAUAGGAAGGAGGGGUGACCACUGGAAAGGGUAAGCUGAGGGCCCUGUGGCAGCCGGCUGCUUGAGACGUGCCGCCAUGCCACACCUUCCCUAAGUUCUUCUGAUGUGUCUCCAUUAAAAUGCUCUUCAUUGAGG